GCCGGUUACGUAAGAUUCAUGUUCGCAAUAAUGCUGUGCAUCGCGAAUAUGAUAAUAUACGGACUAAAAGUAAACAUAUCAACAACAAUAAUCGGGAUGGUUAAACCACGGAAAGUAGUUCAAGGAUCAAACGAUACUUACUACGAGUGCAGCUUCGACGACACCCCUAAUUUUACAAUCCAGUCUCCAGAUCCAAGCACAGUAAUCUACUUCGAGGAUCAGUAUGACUGGACAUCAACGCAGCAAGGACUGAUCAUCAGCCUGUACUUUGCAGGAUACAUGCUUGGGAUGUUUCCAGCUGGAUACUUUGCCGACAGGUUCAACACAAAGUGGGUCCUUCUAGCUUCAGUCUUAUCAAACUCAAUCCUAACUCUGAUAGUCCCAAUAGCAGCCAGAUCAAUCUCAAUGCUUCUGCUUCUCCGAUUCAUAGCUGGACUGGUGAGCGCAGCGAACCUUCCGGUGGUAAACGUCCUGGUUGGCAAGUGGAUGGUCUACGAGGAGAAGAGCACCUGGGUAGCGAUCAUCAACGCAGGAACUUCUUUAGGCACCGUCAUUUCAAUCCUGUCCUCCGGACUGAUUAUGCACGGCAUGGGCUGGAAGCCUGUCUUCUACAUCCACGGGAUCCUGCCUCUAGUCUGGUGCUCAGUCUUUGCCGUGUUCUUCGCAGACAACCCAGAAACCCAGAAGAUGAUCAGCGAGGAAGAAAGACAGUUGAUUGUCAAUUCUUACGGGCACCGACACACCAGAAAAGAGAAGAUUGCAGUCCCUUGGAAGGAAAUUUUCUCCUCUAAGCCCUUCUGGGCUCUGGUGGUGACAAACUGCUUGGGUAACUUCUGUUGGUACUUCCUAUUGACACAACUGCCGCUUUAUAUGAAUAAGAUGCUCAGGUUUGAUAUUAAGAAGAAUGCAAUGCUAAGCUGCUCGCCGUACCUAAUAAAUGCCGUAGUAAACCCUUUACUGGGCAAAAUCCUGGACAUUGGGCGCCAGGGUGGUUACUGGUCGCAAACAACUGGCCGGAAGAUCGCCGUUGGGAUAAGCUGCAUUCCGCCCAGUAUAAUGCUGAUCAUCAUCGCCUACAUCGGAUGUGACCGGACGACGUCAACGGCUCUGCUAAUUAUCAGUAUUGUGAUCAGCGGGGCGAUUUUCGUAGGACAUCUUACGAAUCAGAACGACCUGGCUCCGAACUACGCCGGGAUUCUGAUGGGAAUCACCAACACUCCGGGGACUAUUUCUGCGUUUGUUUUGCCAGCUCUGGUUGGAGCUUUGACUGAAGGCGGGCACACAUUUCAAAGAUGGAGGUACAUCUUUUGGAUCAACAUCGUCGCACAAUUGCUGGCGUUUGUUGUUUUUGUGACCUUCGGAUCCGCUAAGAUCCAAAGCUGGAACUAUCCUGCGAGUCAGCCGCCAGAAAAUGGGAAAAAGCACAGCAAUGAUGAAGAAGAGGUUACUUCUAAAAUGAUUUAA